GGGGAGUGAUUUAAACGUCAUCACCGGAAGUGGCAUUUAGAUUAGUGUGACAAGCUAGCUACAAAACAUCUUAUCUAUAGUCUGAAUACCAAUUUUAUGCAAAUGUUUAUUUUUAUUUCAAGUUGACAAGCUAUAUAGUCACCAGGGGAAUAAUUUGCCGUGCUCGUGACAUGUAUUGUGUCUGUACAAACCUGUUGCUUCCAAAAUGUGCAUCUUUAACAGAGCUAGUGUUAGCUAGCUUGAUAAUACUGUACCACAGAACAAUGAGGUUAGGUUAUACACAUCUUUGACUGUACUCUCGUUGGUACCAGUCUGCCUGCUCCAACUCAGCGGUCACAACUUUCUCUGUAUCGAGAGUUCUCCAACACUAACAUGGAAAAGGACUUCUCAACCUUGUCAGGGUGUGGACAAGACUAGUAAAUUAAUGGCUCCUUUCUGAAACCAACACUGCGCAAUAAGGAUCCAGCAUGUUAAACUCAGGGUUCAUCCCCAUAUUCUUCAAGCUGAGACAAUAACAGAGCUUCUGCAUUCAUCUGUGGGAGUCACAGCAUGGGUAUCCUGAGGAUUCUAGUCAACACUAUGGGUAGAGUCAGCACCUUCAGGUCCUAUCAGUUUGUCCUCCUCCUCACGGCAGCGCUGGCCGUUGUAGCCUUCUACUUCUUUGGGUCGGAGAGGCAUGAUUUCUCCAGCACCACCAAGCGCAUCAAGCAGACCCAGGCCAGCCACAACACCAACCGGAACGAUGCAGACCUUUCCUUGGACACCAGGCUGGUGCACCCUGAGGGAGGAGAGUUGGAGAGGGAUGGAGAGGAGGGUGAAGUCAGGGCUAGGAGGGCAGACAGUGGGCAUGAGGUCAGCCAAUACUACCAUGCCCUCAUGAUGUUCACGAAGGUGGACAAGAGCCGAAGCUUGCAGGAGAAGUUCCGGGUGGCCAUGUUAUCCAUGGCGAAAUACAGCCUCUUCCUUGACAAAGAGGUGCUAGUCCUUCAUUUUGUGAGUGACGAGGCCAGCCGAGAGCUGGGCGAGAGGAUGCUCCCGGAGCUGCUCCUCGUCGGAACUUUUCAGUAUGAGGUGGUGUUUCACGACGUGGGGGUCCUGAGCCAGAAGCUCUUCCCCAUCGUGGAGGCCAUGCAGAAGCACUUCAGUGCCGGCUCCGGGGCCUACUAUAGUGACGCCAUCUUCUUCCUGUCAGUGGCCAUGCACCACAUCAUGCCCGCAGAUCUGCAGCGCAUUGUACAGCUGGACCUGGAUCUGAAGUACAGGAGCAACAUCAGGGAGCUGUUUCUGGAGUUUGAUCGAUUCCCUCCCGGAGCUGUGAUCGGCAUCGCCCGAGAGAUGCAGCCGGUAUACAGACACACCUUCUGGCAGUACCGUAAGGAGAACCCUCAGUCCCGUGUGGGGGAGCCUCCUCCCGACGGCUUGCCGGGCUUCAACAGUGGAGUGAUGCUGCUGGACCUAGGGGCCAUGCGGACCUCGGCCCUCUACAACCAACUCCUGGAGCCCAGAAACGUGGCCCAGCUGGCUGACCAGUACCACUUCAGGGGCCACCUGGGGGACCAGGACUUCUUCAGCAUGAUCGGCAUGGAACACCCAGGGCUGUUCCACCAGUUGGCCUGUGGCUGGAACCGCCAGCUGUGUACCUGGUGGAGGGAGCAUGGAUACGGGGACGUGUUCCAGCUCUAUUACCGCUGUGAGGGGCCAGUGUAUAUCUACCAUGGAAACUGUAAUACGCCCAUACCCGAUGACUGAGUUGAGACCUCGUAAUGUGUUUCCCUAAAUGGUGGGUCUGUUUUGUGGUUAUCUCAUUGGAAGUUGUGGCUCAAGACUGGGUUCUGGAGAGAAAGAAGAUAAUAGCUACACAACUUUCUGGGUCACAAAACUCCAAAAAGGCCUUAGUCUGGCCAUGUGGCAACAAAAGUUUUGGAACCAAAACCAUUUCUGUACUGUACCACUGCUACUGUAAACAUUGCUCCCACUCCUGCCCCCUGCUGGACAGGUGUGCAAUACAGUCAGUACAAGGCAUCUCACUCACUCCACUAAUGUCAAGUGAUGCUAAUGAUAAACGUGGAGCAUAAGAGACCUUGCUGGUGAAAAUUGCCGAAUGCCAUACUUUGUUCUCUCAGUUCACAUUUUGGAACAUUUAACUUUCUUGAAAAAUGUUGGACUGUGGUAUAAAAAAGAAUAGUUAGCAUGCAUAAGAGAAAAUGGCAAACCUUCACCAACAAAAAUAACUCUUUACAUUGAAAAUUCCUGACAAACUGUAAUAAUACCCUGGCGUAAUGUAUGAGAGAAUAUGAGCUCAUUAGUGUGAGUAUUUUAUCUGUGCCAAUGUGUUUGCUGUGUAUCAUGGUAGUCUGUCUGGAUUUGUCUGUCUCUCUCUCUUUUCUCCCUCUAAUCAGCGCAAGAUUAGGUGAGGGUUAAUAAUCAGUGCUCAUUCACUGCCCGCCCCGGAGUAGUGAACUACAUGUAGUUCAACUAGUGAUUUAACUACAUUUUGCAGUAGGUUGGUGGUAGUUUAACUAAAUUCAAAUCUUGGUAGUGUUUUCAGUAGUUAAUUACUUGUUUUGCUAUGUAGGGAUGUAGAUAAGUACUGGAAUUACACACUAGUUAUUUUGCAAAAAUAAAAUAUAUGUGCUGUAUGCAAUCAUUUCAUUUCUUUUACAAAGCAUCAGACCUGCGUAAAUCUCACUUGAAACAUAAUUUUUGUGUUAAAUAGGCAAAUUUACACCUUCUGGUUGCAUAUCACCCCAAAGUGUAGUCUAUGGCAUUUCAGAUUUUUUUUAUCUAGUAGUGUGGAUGUAGUGAAGUACUUUUUCAAAGUAACUUUAGUUAACCUCACUAGGGUAUGUGUGACGGUAGCGUCCCACCUUGUCAACAGCCAGUGAAACUGCAGGGCGCCAAAUUCAAAACAACAGAAAUCCCAUAAUUUAAAUUCCUCAAACAUACAAGUAUUUUACACCAUUUUAAAGAUACACUUGUUGUAAAUCCAGCCAAAGUGUCCGAUUUCAAAAAGGUUUUACGACGAAAGCACACCGACGAUUAUGUUAGGUUAGAGCCAAGUCACAGAAAAAGACAGACAUUUUUCCAGCCAAAGAGAGGAAUAACAAAAAGAGAUAAAAUUAAUCACUAACCUUUGAUCUUCAUCAGAUGACACUCAUAGGACUUCACGUUACACAAUGUAUGUUUUGUUCGGUAAAGUUCAUAUUUAUAUCCAAAAAUCUGAGUUUAGGCGGGACGCUACUGUCUCACUUGGCAAAAAGCCAGAGGAAAUGCAGAGCGCCAAAUUCAAAUUAAUUACUAUAAAAUUUACUAUAAAAAUCUAACUUUCAUUAAAUCACACAUGAAAGAUACCAAAUUAAAGCUACACUGGUUGUGAAUCCAGCCAACAUGUCUAGCCAACAGAAUUCAAAUAGGCUUUUCGGCGAAAGCAAACAAUGCUAUUAUCUUAGGAUAGCACCAUUGUAAACAAAGAGAGAGAAGCAUAUUUCAACCCUGCAGGCGCGACACAAAACACAGAAAUAAAAAUAUAAUUCAUGCCUUACCUUUGACGAGCUUCUGUUGUUGGCACUCCAAUAUGUCCCAUAAACAUCACAAAUGGUCCUUUUGUUCGAUUAAUUCUGUCGAUAUAUAUCCAAAAUGUCCAUUUAUUUGGCGCGUUUGAUCCAGAAAAACACCGGUUCCAAAUUGUGAAACUUGACUACAAAAUAUCUCAAAGGUUACAUGUAAACUUCGCCAAAAAAUGUCAAACUACUUUUGUAAUACAACUUUAGGUAUUUUUUAACGUAAAUAAUCAAUAAAAUUGAAGACGGGAUGAUCUGUGUUCAAUACAGGAUUAAAACCAAUUGUAGCUAGCUUUCUGGUUACGCGUUUCUAACAAAUAGGACACUUCGAGUGACCCUCCUUCAAGAUGGCCGUACUUCUUCAUUACACAAAGGAAUAACCUCAACCAAUUUCUAAAGACUGUUGACAUCCAGUGGAAGCGGUAGGAACUGCAAGAAGGUCCCUUAGAAAUCUGGUUUCCCAAAGAAACCUAAUUGAAAAGACAGUGACCUCAAAAAAAAAAAUCUGAAUGGUUUGUCCUCGGGGUUUCGCCUGCUAAAUAAGUUCUGUUAUACUCACAGACAUGAUUCAAACAGUUUUAGAAACUUCAGAGUGUUUUCUAUCCAAAUCUACUAAUACUAUGCAUAUCUUAUCUUCUGGGGAUGAGUAGCUGGCAGUUUAAUUUGGGCAUGCUUUUCAUCCAAAAUUCCGAAUGCUGCCCCCGACCCAAGAAAAGUUAAGUGAACUAUAUUUUUCUUAAGGGUAGCUUUAGUGUAGUUUAACUCAUUGCAGUGUGAAGUAAUUGGUAGCUUGGUAAACUAUAUUUUCAGAGUAGCUUCCCGAACACUGUUGUUUACCAAUGCUGGACUCUUCUCUGGCAGGGUGAGUGGGCAGGAAGUACGACAUACUGGCACCCGCUAGGAUAUUCCACUGACUGCGUAAUGGCGAUAAAAGAGGGGGAGGGGAGAGGGCAGUACAGGUGAGGGAUGAUGGGCUACACAUACAGAUGCUUGGCCCACACACAAACAUACACAUUUUCGAGUGGGAUUUAGCCACCAUUGUAAUUACAUAUUGACCCAGUUUUGUUUUUGUCUCUGUGUUACCUGGAGCUGACGUUAAUAUAUAUGCCAUUUAGCAGAUGCUUUUAUCCAAAGCAACUUAUUCAUGUGUGCAUACAUUUUACAUAUGGGUGGUCCCGGGAAUCUAACUCACUAUCCAGGCAUUGCAAGCUCCAUAUUCUAUCCACUGAGCUACAGAGAGUAGGAGAAACCCCACUCGGGAACUUUGAUAUGCCAGUAGAGCAGGCUUCCCCGACUGGCGGCCCGUGAAUUUAUUUGGCGUCCCAAAUUUUCUGAGUAAAUCAUUUUUUUAUUGUUAGACAUAAAAGGCAGUAAAAACGCCAGCAAAGGAGCUCCAAGUGAUAACAUUUUUAGACAUCUGUUCCAAAGUAUUCCCACAAAUAAUAGAGAGAUAUGUGAUUGUAUACAAAUGGAAGCAAGGUUUGAAAUUAUUAUGUUUCAGUCAAAUAUUAUAUCAGUUUGGGCUUCUUGCAGUCAAUUUGCAGUUAUUUACAAAUUAUUUGUAAGUUACAGACACAGUUUAAUCUCCCAUGUUAUUGUAAUGGUGAGAGGUUAGCAUGACACUACAUUAUUUAUCAUUUAUUUCUAUUGGGCACAAAAUAAUCUGAAACGCGACCAAAACAAACAUCAAAUGCAUCCAACAAAUUCGUAGUCACAAGCUUAAUGUAGUCAUUGCGUGCUAUCAAUAUGGGACAAAAUACUUAACUUUUUACUACUUUAAUACACAUAUAAGUGAAUGUCCCAAUAUUUUUGGUCCCCUAAAAUGGGAGGAUUAUGUAUAAAAGUCCUGUAAUUUCUAAAAGGUUCACCCGAUAUGGAUGAAAAUCCACUCAAAUUAAAGCUGCAGUUCAACCUCUUAGUUAUUGUACCAUUUCAAAUCCAAAGUGUUGGAGUACAGAGCCAAAGCAACAAAACAUUUCACUGUCCCAAUACUUUCGAAGCUCACUGUACAUAAGUCAUCUGAAGGCAAGCUAAUGAGGUCACUCUUUUUUGGAUUUGGUCCAUUGUAUGUACCCUGCGAGUCUAUAGAGCAGACUAAGUACAGUUGGACCUAGCAAUCAGCCUGCAGGUAAGAGGAAUCGACUGCUCUGACACAUCAACCUGUGUACAGCGUGUUGUGCUGCCAGAUCAUAUCAAGGUUACGGAUAAGCCACUCCAGACUUGUCAAUGCACUCCAGAACAUAUAGAAUAAAAUGCAAUAGGAGAGGUCAUCUGCUGUUGUAUGAUGACGGAGCCAAAGUCAUGUCUUUUUUUAAUUUGUUGAGUGAGACUGAAUCACUUGUAUUUUGUGUUGUUUUUUGUGCUUGUCAAGUUAACGUCUAGUUUUGGCUCUGGGUUAUGUCAUUUAAAUGUUUUUGUGUUGCUGCUUUUGUACUGUACUUUUUUAGUUUUUGAAAGGUUAACCAUUGUCUCAUUUAGGUUAUGUGGAUAUGCAUAUGAUUAUUAGCUGUGUUCUGUUGUAUUGUGGUAGUGUCAGUGCCACUCGUUUGUGUCAUAUUGUGCAAUGAAAUUUCAAAGGGAAGGGGUUCAGAAGACCCAACUAUACUUUCUCUCAAGUGUCUUUAAAUUAUCUAGCUGCAUUCCAAACCACUGAAUGGCUGCAAAUGCUCCUGUAUUGAAUGUAGAAACCCCAAAAUGUUGUUUUCUUCAAGGGCAUAUUCAGCAAAAACGGGUACUCAACACAAUGAACAUAUAUGCACUACGUACUGUAUUUUUUUUUAAAUCGCAAUAAUGCAAUCUGUGCACAGCAUUUUCAUAACCGGUCUCCUCGAAGAUAUCACUUUAACAUUGACUGACAAGGAGUAUGUCAUAUCUCUAUUCCGCAUUCUUCUCUACAUUGAAUGGGUAACCACGUUGUCACUUCUGAUACUUCUCUGUAACAUUUACCUUUGCCAUCUUGAAAGGAUCUCUAAUCAGUCUUUCACGUACCUUGGUUUUUAUAAUAUUUGCUGAUUAAAUCAUCAAAACAU